AUGACAAGUAGGUACUAUCACAGCAUAGGUAACAAUUGUUACCUAAGCCAUAGUAUACUUAUAUAUAUAGUAUACCGUGCCUAUGUUGUGGUACUAUUUUCACUGAAUUGAUGUAUUCAAUGUUGUUCGUUGUUACCAUAAAAGAAAUUGAAUAAUUCCUGAUUUGAAAAUUUCAUUUUAUAUUUUCAUACGAAUUGGUAAAGCGGCAAACAUCAAAACAUCAUGCAGCAAAGGGAAGAGAAACAAUUAGAAUCGGCCUUAGAUUCUAUUAUCCAAAGAGUUAAUGAUUUGAAACAGUCUAUUGCUUCAAUGAUCAUGAAAUUGGAGAAUGAAUAUGAAACAAUGAAUUGGCCGUCUUUUUUAGAUAAUUAUGCACUGAUAUCAGGGCAGCUCACUUCAUUAUCCAAAGUUAUGAGUCAUGACAAGUGUCCAGUGCUGAGGAAUUUAACAGUUCUACCUCUGAUGUUAUCUCCAGAGAGGGAUGAUCAGCUAGCACAAAUAACUGAACAUAGAGUGACAACAUUCGCACAUGAUUUGGUACCUGAUUAUCUGAGAACAAAACUGGAACCACUAGCUGAAACUAAAAUGAUGCAAUUAGAAACUAAAGCAUUAGGUCUACAGUACGAUAAUGCACAGAAACAAAUAGCCACAUAUCAAAAGGUUGUCUCUCACGUAUGGGAUAUCGUCAGCAAAGCAAGGGAAGAAUGGGAAGUUGAAUCUUCAUCUAGGGGAAAUGCUCAACAAAAUUCAAGUGUUGCCGAUACCCAUCUCUUGGUUGCUGCUGUAGGUAUGGGCAAGGGUCUCAAGAUGGGACCCAAUCCAAAUGGACAACCAAACCCUACUUCAGGUGGAAUGAUGGUAGCCCCACCAGGAAGACCAGGGGGCCCACCAGGCCAAGGACAAGUUCCAUCAAACACUCAAUCAAUGACUAUGAACAAAGCCCCAUCAGCUAUCAAAACAAAUAUAAAAAGUGCUGCUCAAAUGCAUCCUUAUGCUCGAAAUUAGCUAUUCAAAAGUUAUAUUUAUUAAUUAUUUAUUCAUAUUACUUUCCAGUUUAUCCAUUUUUAGGUUUCACACAGUGAACCAAUGUGAAUCAAUUGUAAAUACUUUUUUCACCCUACCAUCUAUUUAGUGUAUUAGUAUGUGGAUUUUUUAUAAUAACAAGAUGCACACUUAAUCAAAUUAAAAAACUUAUUUCCAUUA